AUGAGGAAGGCUCUUCCUGCUACAGGAUUUAACGCGCAUAAUCUACUAUGUGACACAUGGCGACCCCUAACAGACCGACACACACGUGAUCUAUCUAUCUAUCUAUCUAUCUGUUUAUUAUCUAUCUACAUAUCUAUGUCAGUUCAUUAUCUAAGUUUGUUUAUAUCACUUUUUGUCUUUCCUUCUCUAUCUCUCUCAAUCCGUUAUCUAUCUAUCUAUCUAUCUCAUCUCUUCUUCUUUAUCUAUCUAUCUAUCUCAGCUUCUUAUUAUCUAUCUAUCUAUCUAUCUAUCUAUCUAUCUAUCUAUCUAUCUUAUCUAUCUAUCUAUCUCAGCUUCUUCUUAUCUAUCUAUCUAUCUAUCUAUCUAUCUAUCUCAGCUUCUUAUUAUCUAUCUAUCUUAUCUAUCUAUCUAUCUAUCUAUCUAUCUAUCUAUCUAUCUAUCUAUCUAUCUAUCUAUCUAUCUAUCUAUCUCAGCUUCUUCAUCUAUCUAUCUAUCUAUCUAUCUAUCUAUCUAUCUAUCUCAGCUUCUUCUUAUCUAUCUAUCUAUCUAUCUAUCUAUCUAUCUAUCUAUCUAUCUAUCUAUCUAUCUCAGCUUCUUAUUAUCUAUCUAUCUGUUAAUCCUUUUCCCUUAAUAUGUACCUAUCUUUUCCUCGGUCGAUUGCUGAAGAUAAACAACGUUGAGCUCAGUCAUUUAUUAUCGUUUUCUCUCUAUCUCUCUCUCUCUGUCAGUUUCUCUCUCUCUCUUUCUCUUUCUCUAUCCCUAUAUCUAUCUACCUCUCUCUAUUUCUCCCUAUUGCUAAAUGAUGCUUUUUUGUUUAUUAUCUCUCUCUCUCUUUAUCUAUCUAUCUAUCUAUCUAAGCCUGUCCAUAUCUAUCUAUCUAUCUAUCUAUCUAUCUAUCUAUCUAUCUAUCUACAUUUCCAUUGCCAUAUGAAUUCUUUCAGUUUAUCAUCAUUAAUUCUCUCUGUCCCUCUCUCCACCAUUUCCAAAGUUUACUAUCAUUAUCUCUGUCUCUCUUCAGUUGUUAUUAUCGCUAUCAUUGUUUUCUCUUUUGUUCAUCCUUUUUUUUCCUUAGUUAACCUUUCUUAG